GAGCGGCGCGCCACAACACAAGUACACUGAGAAUCUUUUUUCCGGAGCUGCGGGAAAGGGGAUUCUGCGAUGCACUUCCCAGUUAACUCGCAGGUUCACCCCGGAGCUCCGUGGAAUUUCACCGGCACCAACGAAUCCCUGCAAUUCAGUCCAGUUGAAGGUCUAACAAUGGCACUCUCCGACAGGGUGAAUUCCUCGCGAAACGACAGCGACCCGUUCGGAAGAAACGAGGAGGUCGCGAAGAUAGAGAUCAGCGUUCUGAGCGUCACCUUCGUGGUGGCGGUGGUGGGCAACCUGAGCGUUCUGCUGGCGAUGCACAACACGAAGAAGAAGAUGUCGCGGAUGCACCUCUUCAUCAAGCACCUGAGCCUGGCCGACUUGGUGGUGGCGUUCUUUCAGGUCUUGCCGCAACUGUGCUGGGAGAUCACCUUCCGCUUCUACGGACCAGAUUUCCUCUGCCGAAUCGUGAAGCACCUGCAGGUGUUGGGCAUGUUCGCCUCCACCUACAUGAUGGUCAUGAUGACUCUGGACCGGUACAUCGCCAUCUGCCACCCCCUGAAGACGCUCCAGCAGCCCACCCAGAGAUCAUACAUGAUGAUAAUCAGCACGUGGAUAAGUAGCCUGGUGCUGAGCAGUCCGCAGUACUUCAUAUUUUCUCUCAGUGAGAUUAAAAACGGCUCUGACGUGUACGACUGUUGGGGUCACUUCAUACAGCCUUGGGGCGUGAAGGCGUACAUAACGUGGAUAACCGUCGGCAUCUUUCUCAUCCCGGUGGUCAUACUGGUGAUAUGCUACGGCUUCAUUUGUCACAGCAUCUGGAAAAACAUCAAGUACAAAACCAAGAAGACCACGACGCACACGGCGUCUAAAAGUGGUUUGAUUGGGAAGUCUUCCGUCAAUAGCGUCACCACCAUAUCCAGAGCCAAAAUGAGGACUGUCAAAAUGACUUUCGUGAUAGUCCUCGCGUACAUUGUAUGCUGGGCUCCAUUUUUCAUCGUCCAGAUGUGGUCGGUUUGGGACGAAAACUUCUCUUGGGAUGACUCCGAGAACACCGCAGUCACCCUCUCCGCGCUGCUGGCGAGCCUCAACAGCUGCUGCAACCCGUGGAUCUACAUGAUCUUCAGCGGCCACCUCCUGUACGACUUCGCCCAGUGCUUUCCCUGUUGCCAGAAAAUGCGGAACACGUUUAAGAAGGAGGACUCGGACAGUAGCCUCAGGAGGACCACCCUCAUCACCAAAAUGGCAAGCCGAAGCCCUACGGGCAGCUCGGGAACUUGGAAAGACUCCGACAACUCGCACAACUCGCACAAUUCGCACAAACCCAACAGCGCCGCCCCGACGGAUUCGUCCAAUUGCGUCUGUAUGUCUGCGUUUAUUUAUUGACAAUAACGAACGACCGAACUCAGAGGGUACCACACAUAUUUGAUUUAUAUACCGACUACUCCUCAGGCAGUUAAAAAUCACUGGGAUAUUAUGCGGUUAUAUUCAGUGAAAAUAUGAUGGGAACAUAGACGUGGCGACAGACAAUGUAUAUAUUUAAUACACAGGAAAAUAAGCCUUGAUUGUAAAAGGUUGCGUGUCGACGAAACGUGCUUUGAUUAAAAAAAAGAAGAAAUCUUUUACAUAUAUUUUGAAAUGAAAGUGCGCAAAAUAUAAACAAACUCAAUGCUUUAGUAAUGUAAUGCAACAUUUGAGAACUAAAAAUGAAAAAAUAUAUAUUAUCGUUUUCACUGCAACCGAUGUCAGCUGAUGUAAUUGUCGGGCCAACUGGGGUGUACUUGUAUAUGUAUAUCAAAACAACGUUUUAAUGGAUGUAAUUACUUGAAAAUGCUGUUGGGGAAUGUAUUUUUUGUAAUAUAUGGCAAUCUCUGUACAUAGAUCUGUCCUGUAAAAAAUAUUUGGUUAAAUUGUCUGCCUUGUUAAUGUAACUGUGCUGUAAUGUAUUAAUGUUUCACCUCAAAAUCAAUCACUUUAUGAAAGACGGCGUUUAUGCAUGCGCGCGUGUGCAUUUUCCAGCAUCUGUUGCAUUAUGGGAUGUGUGUCAUUAAGCUGAAAUAUGACUUUGUACUGAUUGUUCCCAAGGCAGCGUUCUAAAUACAGUGAGCGCGUCGAGGUCUGGUGAUCAAAACGCUUUUUCAAGUUCAGUUUCACACGGACGCGCUACUCUCCGCGCGCACAACUCACACACGUAUCAUAGAUUCUCACUGCAAGGGAGUGUGUCAGCAAGUUUCAGCACUCAGCACUCCCAACUCAAAAAAUACCUUCGGAAACCACCACAAAGUUUACUUCGUUGUCUGAAAUCUUUAGCUAUACUUCACAAAACCUGAUUCUGUGUACUUCUGUGUCAUUACCAUUUUGAACUGAAAGAAUGUAGACUCCCAUUACAUCCCACAUGUACUUUGCAUACUAUCCAUGCCAUUUCUUUGUUUACUUUGUAAGACAAACUUUUCUGCUUCCAUCUGUAUUUCCAUCACGAGAAUUACGACACGCAAGAAAAAAUGUGACGUUCUGCUGCUCAACAAGCCGUGUGCCGUUCCAGGUGCCUCUGAUUUCUAUAUUAAAUGGUGUACACAC